AUGUGUUUUUCCCUUUCUCUUCCACCAUUUCUCUCUUUCUCUUUCUCUCUCUUAUUCUUCUUAGCGAGAGAAAACACACUCUUCUCUCUCUAUCCCUCACUUCUCUUCUUCCUUCUUCACUCCACUCCCCACUUUCGCCCUUCUAACUCAGGGUUUUCAUCAUGGUCAGAAAGAGGAGAACUGAAGCACCCAGUGGGGGUGAAAGCUCUGAGGCCCAACGCCCCGCUGAAAGGAGUGCUCCACCUCAACAGCAGACCCCUACCACAGGAGGGCCUGGACCUCAAGGAGGAGGUAGAGCCUGGGGUCCCCAAGGAGGCCGGGGAGGUUACAGUGGGGGCCGGGGCCGAGGGAUGCCCCAACAGCAAUAUGGUGCCCCUUCUGAUUACCAAGGUAGGGGAAGGGGAGGCCCUCCUCAGCAAGGAGGCCGGGGAGGAUAUGGCGGGGGCCGCGGUGGGGGNNNNGGUGGUGGUCUGGGCGGUGGCCGUGGCGUUGGUCCUUCAUAUGGUGGCCCAUCCAGGCCACCGGCACCCGAGCUGCACCAAGCAACCUUAGUUCCAUCAUAUCAAACUGGGGUGACUCCUCAACCUGCACCAUCAUCUGAGGCCAGUUCUUCUCUGCCACCAGAACCCAUUGAUUUGGAACAAUCAAUGGCGCAGAUGGUGGUUCAUGAAGCUACUCCUGCUCCUCCUCCUGCAAGUAAAUCGUCGAUGAGGUUUCCUCUCCGACCUGGGAAGGGUAGCUAUGGCAUCAAAUGUAUCGUCAAGGCUAAUCAUUUCUUUGCCGAGUUACCAAACAAAGAUCUUCAUCAAUAUGAUGUAACAAUCACUCCUGAAGUGACUUCAAGAGGUGUAAACCGUGCUGUUAUGGAGCAGUUGGUGAAGCUGUACCGGGAAUCUCACUUGGGCAAGAGACUGCCUGCUUAUGAUGGACGCAAGAGCCUGUAUACUGCUGGUCCUCUCCCUUUCCUUUCAAAGGAAUUUAGAAUUACUCUCGUUGAUGAUGAUGAAGGAGCUGGAGGACAAAGGAGGGACAGGGAGUUCAAAGUUGUGAUCAAAUUGGCUGCACGAGCAGAUCUUCACCAUUUAGGAUUGUUUUUACAGGGAAGACAAACUGAUGCUCCUCAAGAGGCGUUGCAGGUCCUUGACAUUGUUCUGCGUGAACUCCCUACUACAAGAUAUUGUCCUGUUGGGAGAUCAUUUUAUUCACCUGAUUUGGGUAGGAGACAACCUUUAGGUGAUGGAUUGGAAAGCUGGCGUGGAUUCUAUCAGAGUAUUCGUCCUACACAGAUGGGACUGUCACUGAAUAUUGAUAUGUCCUCCACUGCAUUUAUUGAGCCACUGCCAGUAAUUGAUUUCGUGACUCAACUGCUGAAUCGGGAUGUAUCAACUCGGCCACUGUCUGAUGCUGAUCGAGUGAAGAUUAAGAAAGCUCUCCGAGGUAUCAAAGUUGAAGUAACACAUCGUGGAAACAUGAGAAGAAAAUAUCGAAUCUCUGGUCUGACAUCACAGGCAACUCGAGAGUUGACAUUCCCUGUUGAUGAAAGGGGUACAAUGAAAUCUGUUGUGGAAUACUUCUAUGAGACAUAUGGGUUUGUCAUUCAACAUACUCAAUGGCCUUGUCUGCAAGUGGGCAACACACAAAGGCCAAACUAUUUGCCUAUGGAAGUUUGCAAGAUAGUGGAAGGUCAAAGGUACUCAAAGAGGUUGAAUGAGCGACAGAUUACUGCUCUGCUGAAAGUUACAUGCCAGCGCCCUGUUGAGAGGGAGCGUGAUAUCAUGCAGACUGUGCACCACAAUGCAUAUCAUGAUGAUCCUUAUGCUAAGGAGUUUGGAAUCAAAAUUAGUGAGAAGCUUGCUCAAGUUGAAGCACGCAUCCUUCCUGCUCCUUGGCUCAAAUAUCAUGAUACAGGUAGAGAAAAGGAUUGUCUUCCACAAGUUGGUCAAUGGAAUAUGAUGAACAAGAAAAUGGUGAAUGGGGGGACAGUUAACAACUGGUUCUGCGUAAACUUUUCAAGGAAUGUUCAAGAUACUGUUGCCCGUGGCUUUUGCUAUGAACUUGCCCAGAUGUGUUAUAUAUCGGGCAUGGCAUUUAAUCCUGAGCCAGUGGUUCCCCCAGUCAGUGCUCGCCCUGAUCAAGUGGAAAAGGUAUUAAAAACCCGCUAUCAUGAUGCCAAAAACAAACUGCAGGGAAGGGAGCUUGAUUUGCUCAUUGUUAUUUUGCCUGAUAACAAUGGAUCUCUUUAUGGUGACCUUAAACGUAUAUGUGAGACAGAUCUUGGGCUUGUAUCACAAUGUUGCUUAACUAAGCAUGUAUUCAAAAUGAGCAAGCAGUACCUUGCAAAUGUUGCCUUGAAAAUUAAUGUCAAGGUUGGGGGAAGGAACACUGUACUUGUUGAUGCCCUCUCACGCCGCAUUCCUUUGGUGAGUGACAGGCCCACAAUUAUCUUUGGUGCUGAUGUUACUCAUCCACAUCCUGGGGAAGAUUCAAGCCCAUCCAUAGCAGCUGUUGUGGCAUCCCAAGAUUAUCCUGAAAUUACCAAAUAUGCUGGUUUAGUUUGUGCCCAAGCACAUAGGCAGGAACUCAUUCAAGAUCUUUUCAAACAAUGGCAAGAUCCAGUCAGAGGAACUGUAACUGGCGGAAUGAUCAAGGAACUGCUUAUAUCUUUUAGGAGGGCUACAGGACAGAAGCCACAGCGCAUCAUAUUUUACAGGGAUGGUGUGAGUGAGGGGCAGUUUUAUCAAGUUCUAUUGUUUGAACUUGAUGCUAUUAGAAAGGCUUGUGCAUCCCUUGAACCCAACUAUCAGCCUCCUGUGACCUUUGUUGUGGUUCAAAAGCGUCAUCACACAAGGCUCUUUGCCAGCAACCAUCAUGACAAGAGUUCGGUUGACAGGAGUGGAAACAUAUUGCCAGGCACAGUUGUAGACUCCAAAAUCUGCCAUCCUACCGAGUUUGACUUUUAUCUUUGCAGCCAUGCUGGAAUACAGGGAACAAGUAGGCCAGCUCACUAUCAUGUUUUGUGGGAUGAAAACAAUUUCACUGCUGAUGCUUUACAAACUCUCACAAACAACCUGUGCUACACAUAUGCUCGAUGCACGAGAUCUGUUUCAAUUGUUCCUCCUGCAUAUUAUGCACAUUUGGCUGCUUUUCGGGCAAGGUUUUAUAUGGAGCCGGAAACUUCGGACAGCGGCUCUAUGACAAGUGGGGCUGUUGCUGGCCGAGGAAUGGGUGGUGGUGGUGGACUUGGCCGGAGCACCCGAGCACCUGGUGCUAGUGCCGCUGUGCGUCCGUUGCCUGCUCUUAAGGAGAAUGUCAAAAGAGUUAUGUUCUACUGUUAAGGAAUGAAUGUCAUCUCCAGGGUGUGCUAGUGCUGUCUUCUAUUUCUCGUUUUUCUCAAAACCUUUGUCAUUAGGAACCGAGUUUGAUGCAAAACUACUAUGAGGUUGGUUGUGCUGUUUUGCAUGUUUCUUGCUUUUCAUUAGAAACCGAAUUUGAUGCAAACUAUGCUAAUGAAUGUUGAAAGCUACUUGUUGUCAUUGUUGGUUAUAUAAUGCAUUUCAUGGAUGGAUUGGAUAAAGCGUUA